CUCUCUUCCCCCUGUCCCCUCCUCGGAAGUAGACGUAGCUGUCUAUAUUCCGUUCUUUUAUUUUUCUAUAUUUUUUACAACAACCCCUUUCCCCCAACAGUUAGCACCAUGGACGCCAAGAUGGACGAAUAAACUCAAGAACGGGACUCCCGCUUUCACCCCUUUAUUAAUCCUGGAAUUGAGUGGACCGGAUGAAAUCCAACUGUGGUUUUCUCCGCUUCGCAGGGGAGGUAGCUGUAUCCAGUGGGGAGGUAGGCUCAACCAGGGGAGGAAAGGAUGAAGUUCUUCGAACCCUGGGGACGCCAGAGGCUGUCUUUUCUUCUCGAAAAGGCCGCCUCUAGGGAAGCCAAGAUGUGGAGGAUCUACGUGCCAAAGAAGCCCUCCUCACUGGAUACAGACAUCUCCCCGGCCCAGCGGGAUGAGGCCGUGCGCUGGUUGACAGAGCUCCACAGCAGACUGCAGCUGUACCCAGAGACCCUGGUGUUAGCUGUUAGUAUCCUGGACCGCUUCCUUGCUCCCAUCAAGGCCCGUCCAAAGUACCUACGCUGCAUCGCCAUCGCCUGCUUCUUCCUGGCCGCUAAGACCUGUGAGGAGGAUGAGUGUGUACCCUCUCUGAAGGAGCUGGCUGCCUCCAGCAGCUGUGGCUGUUCUCCAUCAGAGAUCCUGAGGAUGGAGAGGAUCAUCCUGGACAAACUGAACUGGGAUUUGCACACCGCCACAGCACUGGACUUCCUGCACAUUUUCCAUGCGAUGGUGUUGUCAUGUCGUUCUGGGUUUUUGGACUCCGUGUUGGGAGUGAACCGCUCUCAGCACCUGGCCCUGCUCACACGUCGACUCUACCACUGUCUGGCCGACCACACGCUCAUACAGCUCAGAGGAUCCAUGCUGGCCUUGGCCCUCAUCACUCUGGAGCUGGAGACCUGCUGUCCUGACUGGCUGGCUCUCACCAUCGACCUGCUGAGGAAGGCACAGAUCGACAGCUCUGAGUUGAUUCGGAGUCGAGAGCUGGUGGCUCGUAGUCUGUCCACACUGAGAGCUUCCCUGCCUCCAAACACUGUCUACAUCUACCAACCCCUGCAGAGCCAAACCACCCUUCAACAGGACCCCACAGUCCCCUCCUGCACACUGGGGAUCAACACCUCCACCACCGAGUCUUCCAGGGAUCACGCCCUCGUCACCACUGCCCCUGUCCAGCCACAGACCCCUGAUGGUAGUGAGGAGGGGAACCAACAGCCCUGGAGCUCCAUCUCCACAUAUUCCUCCACCACCAACAGCAAUAUCCCUGCUCUACUCUCUCCCCCCAAACACCACCACCAUCUUAACCACCUGCAGAAGGUCACGCUGCGCUGCAAGGCCUCUGCCAAGCGCAAGGUGGAGGAGAUGGAGGUGGACGACUUCUAUGAUGGCAUCAAACGCCUCUACAAUGAAGACGUCACCACUGCCACCACUGCUGUCCAGGAGGGGGCAGCACCUGCAGUGGGGGUGAUAACAACAGGUGGAGGGGGAGGAGGUCUGGGUGUCUGCAGUGUCCUGUUGUCCAGACAGGAAGGCAGCUCUUCCCCCUGCCCGCCUCUGCAGCCAGUCAGUGCCUCCUAGAGACCAAACAGGAACCUGUUUACCAAAACCACCUUCACACUGACCUCAUCUUCCUGUUCCACUUUCAGAAUAAACUCCUCAGAUCAAAGUAUUCAAACUAUAACUUUUGGCAACAGUGAUGGGCAACUCCCUCAGCAAUAGGCAACAAGAUCAGAGAAAGAUAAAGAUUGUAGUCAGUGUUUCCAUUUGCAUAAGAAAGCAAUAUAAAGGCAGCUCCUCGGGAAAUGUUGCCCAUCAGAGUUGCCAGAGAAAAUUCUCUGAUGCAUCACUGCUUUGCAGACAGUAGAAGAAAAAAUAUUGACGAAAUAAUACAAAUAAAUCAAUGAUACAGAUGGUUUCAGUGCAAGUUGGUUUUGGUUUCAGUGCAAACAACCCCAGUGUGACCCCGAGCUGUUCAGCUACCCUGAGGUCAGUUCCCAUCAUCCCCUGCAGCCGGAAAACAGAGCCCAAAAAAAUUUAAACAUUCAAAAAAUAAAAAAGCUGCUGCUGCUACUAUCUUAUUAAUUAUAUUUGUUGAACACAAAUACAGUAUUACAAAAGGCUUAAAAAAAUUAUAAAUAAAAAAGUUACCUUCAAAAAAAAAAGAAGAAUUGACUUAUCUACCCCUUUGUCUCGCUCUCUGUCCUGUUGUGAAAGAUUUUUGAAAAUGUCAUCGUUAGUCAUUUUAUAUUUGUUGUUCACAUCUUAAACUCUUCUUUAAUUUCACAUAUCUAUGUUUUUAUUCUGUCUUCCCUUUCCUUCCUCACUCUGCAUGUUUUCAUCUCUAUUUAUAACCUUUUCAUGGAGUCUAAAUCGAACGUGUGAAUGUUUCUGAGUAGAUGAUUAUCUGUAUUCCUCGCCCAGAUAGAUAAAGUUGAGUUUUUUAGUGAAGUGUAAUUUGAUUGUUAAUAAGACGCUAAUAUAAACAUCCCUCCUAUGAAUCCCUCUGUUUUUUCCUUCCCUCUCAGCUUGUUCCGGCGGCUUGAGUGAGUGAAAGUUUCUCAGGUUGUUUUAUUAACCUACAUACAAAAAAACGUCUAUUUGGAGCUGCCGCUUAGAUCUGGUCUCCCCAUGCAGGCAUCUUGGCUAUCAAAAGAUUGCUUUGUUUUGUUUGUUUUUGGACCCAAGUCAUCCUGGUACGAUAGACAAAUUACUGGUUACUACAGCAGCUUUCAAGGGGUGGAGUUACAGGAACCCUGAUCCUAGGCUUUAAAACUGCUGUACUAUAGGAUCUACAGUACCUGUCCUAUCAGGGCCCUAUUCUUUAAACCUGGUUCAUGUAAUCCAAACUAACGUGAUGUUAUCUGGCUAAAAUGAUCCUAUUUAUUCUCAUCUGGCUAACUUGGUCCGUUGAACAUACAGAGAGAUAUUGAUUAUUUACCAAUAACUUACAUGUUCAUCUAAAACAACAAAACACCCAGGCAUCACAAUCAACCUAAGUUUGUUGUCCUCAUAGAAAGAACAGGGCCCCAGGGCAAAAAUCAGACCGCAUGUGCUUUCUGUGUUAAAGCAGCCAGAGAGAAUUAAAGUUGUAGUUUAUAUAUUCACAUGUUAUAAAGCAACCUUGAGUUAUUUAAAGCAUUUCAAUAGCUAAGUGACAGAAAUGUAGUUUUUGAGUUGGUGUCUGAUCUUCAGAAGCAGACAAUAUAGUGACAAUCUUCACUUUGAUGUUCAAAAAAAAUCUAAAACAACAUGCUCUGUUUUUAUUUCUUGAAGUUCUGUUUAAUAUAUUUUUAUUCCUGCAAAAAGCUCUGUUGCUCCUGCUGUUGGAGCUGCUGGUGUCUGCUCCAGGUCCCUGAACGCACCGUGGCACCAAUGAAUAAAGAGUAUGAAACCUGA